GACAUAAGGAUUUAGUUUUACUUAUUUGUGUUGAUUUUGUUGUUGUUAUUCUAAUCCUAUUCCUAAAUUGCUAUUACUUUGUGAUCACUUUGAUCUUUACUUCAUUAGCCGUCGCACAACACAAUUCUAAUUUUGGUACGGAUGAGGAUGUAGUGAAGAGAGCGGCAGCUCAUAGUCAUAAUAUAAUGCGGUUCGGGAGGGGCGGACACAAUAUCAUGCAUUUCGGGAAACGCACGCAAGAGUCCAUUGGCGGGGAAGACAGCGGUCUUGAGGGCAGCGACACAUCCAAUGAUUUAGAUUCAUCCGACGCUAACAGCGACCAAUUGGACACCACUUCAUACGAUACCAAACCGUUUAGUGUUGGCCAGCGAUCUGUGAGAACCCGAUACUUCAUUCCCCACGCGUUUAUAGCGUCACUGUAUACACAUCCCCGGCCUUUCUUGAAAAAAGCUGCUGAGAGUAGGGAUAAUGUGUUCAUGCAUUUCGGUUAAUAGUAUCAAGUAUCAAUAAUACCAAGCGCGUUUCAAGUGGUCUUUCAGUUGCGUAUUAUUGGUCGUGAACUUUGAUUUUUAUUAAUAAUUUUAUUAUUCAUUUCGAUAUAAGUAUUCAAUAAUACCAUAAUUAGGAUUUUGUUGAAAUAUAUAUUCUGUUUGUUUGUCUUUUGUCUAAUGAUUUGCACACUUGUAUAGAGAAGUUAAGAGCAGAAACAGACACUCAUAUUAUCA